CCAUACAAUUCUCUCCCUCCCUCCCUCUCUCCCGCUCUCUCUCUCUCUCUCUCUCUCUCCCCACACACAAACACAGAGAAAAUUUAACUUAGAUACAAAGGGAAAAGAAACAUGGGUUUUAUUGAUCAUAUUUUAGAAGUGUGCUCAGUUACCAGCACAAGAAAGAGCAAGCGCAAGCCAAUGCAGACAGUGGAAAUAAGGGUGAAAAUGGAUUGUGAUGGCUGUGAAAGAAGAGUUGGAAAUGCCGUUUCCUCCAUCAAAGGUGUAAGAUCAGUUGACGUAAACAGAAAACAAAGUCGGGUAACAGUAAGUGGUUACGUGGAGCCAAACAAGGUCUUAAAUAAAGUUAAGAGCACAGGAAAGAAAGCUGAAUUUUGGCCAUAUGUUGAAUACAAUUUGGCAUCUUAUCCAUAUGCUCCUGGAGCCUAUGACAAAAAGGCACCUUCUGGGUAUGUUAGAAAUGUUGCACAGGCAUUUCCAAGCGCUAAUGCUCCAGAUGAGAAGUACACGACAAUUUUCAGUGAUGAAAAUGUUAAUUCAUGUUCGAUUAUGUGAUGUGAUGAUUUGUAAUUAAUUUUUGUAGGUUUAAUUAUAUAUUUAUUUAGGUUUUGAUUAGGGUUAGUCACAAGGAAGAUUUUAAUUUUGUUAGUGAUUUGCGUUUUAAAAAAGUUGUUAGUGGUUUUGUUGUAGAAUGAGCUCGUUAUAAUAUAUAAUA